AUGCAUUCGACGAAGAAGAAGAAAACUGUCCUUACGGUGUUUGUUCGGCCAGCACCUCCUCGAAACCUUACGAUAGCGCCUUUUGGAAGCGGGCUAUGCACUGGGGACGAUGUCAUCAUCGACAUUAUCUGCAUUACUAUACAACAAAGCUCGAAUUACCUAGGCGGAGGACAUGUGAGGUCUCAGUGGAGAUCUGGGUUCAAGAAGUGUCGAAGAUCAUCGAGAUCACAUCAAGUGUCGAAGAUCAUCGAGAUCACAUCAGAGUUCGAACUGGACAUCUACGUAACGGAGCGAUGGACUGAUCCAGCUCUUGCUUACGCUCAUCUGAACCCAUGCAAAAGCAAUAUGUCUGUUGACGGUCGUACAAUCCUCGAGAAGAUUUGGAAUCCACAUGCGUGCUUUGUGAACAGCAAAUUGGCGAACAUCCAUUCGAGCCCAUUUAAGAACAUUUUCCUGCAGAUCUACAGUAACGGUAGCAUUUGGUACAACUACCGUAUCAAGCUCACUGGACCAUGCUCAAACACAUUGAGAACCUUCCCUAUCGAUCAGCAACGAUGUAUGCUGUUCUACGAGAGCUUCACGCACAACCAUGAUCAGGUGGAAAUGGAAUGGAUUGAUACUGUUCCGCCGAUAACGAUAAUGAAAGGAAAUAUCACACUGCCGGAUUACGUGCUCGUUGAUUUCUCGGCUAGCACAGAACUACGGCUUUAUCCACCUGGCAUUUUCAACGAGCUGAUUGCCACAUUCACUUUUCAACGAUUAUACGGUUUCUAUAUUUUACAGGUCUCAUUCUACCUCGGUGCUGAACAAGUUCCGUCUCGAACGACAGUCGGUGUGAAUUCACUAUUAGCUCUCACGUUUCAAUUUGGCUCCGUCGUCAAUAAUCUGCCCAAAACCAGUGAUGUGAAAGCCAUUGAUGUUUGGAUCCUCAGUUCGAUGGCAUUCAUCUUUGCUUCGCUUAUUGAAUUGGCCGUUGUAGGAUAUCUGUCCAGGAACGGCCAUCACGCCGCUAUUAAGUGCCAUUGUUCCUGGUUAUGUAUGAAAUGUCGUGACUGGACUGCGAUGAAACUCGAUAAGGAAUCUUCUGGCCGCUCCUGGAAUGCGGAUACGACGCUAGCGUUUUCACUGUGUUUGUGUCUGACCACUUAUUGCUUACGGCUAUCAUUUGUUCCGUUCUCUGAUGUGAUGGGCCGAAAAGUGGACGAAUUUUCUGCGACAUCUGAUGGUCGCAGUCACGAAGAAAAGAGUAGUAUUUUGCCACUUGCAAUGUUCUUAUUCGGCCAUCGCAUCUGA